AUGGGUCCCAUCAUCCAGCUCCUCAUCCUUGCCCUCUUCGCCCUUACUACUGGCGCCGCAUCUGUUGCCCGUCAGAUGAUCAACUACGGUCAGCCUGACGUGGUUGGCUACGCCAAUUUCUCCAACUACUGCACGUAUCCGAUGUACAUCGCUCAGAACGGCACUUCCGAGGCGACUUUUGAUGGCGACUGCUCCUCCAAGGUGGGUGGAGCCAACAACCCAGGAGCUCAGCUGGCCAAUUCCCAGCUCAAUUUCAACGACUGCUUUAUGAACUCGGAUGGAAAGUUCAUGCCUUCAAAGGGCUUAACGGGCGACAUGAUCACCGGCGACAUCUUCGACAUCAAUGACUACAUCGGCGUUACUUGGUCAGAGGAGCACCAGAACAAUUUGUUGGUCUGCGCCUCGCCCACGGGAGACACCGUUGCCACGUACCAGGGAUGCACCAAGAGCGGCGUCACCCGGCCCGAUCCAUUGCACAAGCAGAAGUGCCUCUAA